AUGCGAGCUCGCGGUGAAUUAUAUGCUUAUCUGCAAUUAGAUUUAUCGAAGACUACCUAUUCUGCAGAGCAGAAUGAUAAUUCAUUAUUGCUCUGGAAGGAACAUGAACUUAUUUUGCCUAUGUUGUCAAAAUUAUCGAAAAUAGUAUUCAGUAUUCCUGCCUCAUCUGCUGCUGUAGAAAGGUCAUUUAGCACUGCUGGCUUUAUCAUAUCCCAAAGAAGAACCAAUCUCAAUCCAUCAACAGUCAAUGACAUUAUGCUAGUGCGAUCAGCUGCUGCUCAUUUGAAGAGUGCAGUUUGA